UGUGUUGGCAGACUGUUCAGCUGCAGACUGUGGACUCUCAGUAAACACUGGUGGUUAGUUAUUAACAGUAGAAACAGAGCGAGCCGUCGUCUCUGUCCUCAGCUUCGGUUCUUUACGUGCUCCUCUGGAACUCACCCCUGUAACCUGCUUUAGUUUGGUUUGACUGACAUCAUGUCCCGCCUCCUCCUGUGUGCGUCCGUCGCUGUCGCUCUGUGGUCGGCGUCGGUGCUCAGUCUCUCAGUUUUCUCGGACCCUCCGGAGGCUCACAUGUUGCUCCGGUCCCGUCGGGCGAACUCCUUCCUGGAGGAGCUGAAACCCGCCUCCAUGGAGCGCGAAUGUGUGGAGGAGAGGUGUGACUUUGAAGAAGCCAGAGAGAUUUUCAAAACCCGGGAAGCCACACUGGAGUUCUGGACGGUGUACACAGAUGGAAACCAGUGUCACUCCAACAUGUGUGUUCAUGGAACCUGUGUGGAUCUGUACCAGGCCUACGCCUGCCGCUGUAACCAGGGAUAUGAGGGCAGAUACUGUGACCACCCUGAAACAGCCGCUAACUGCUCUGUGGAUAACGGCGGCUGUGACCAUGAGUGCACCGAGAGCGAGGACGGUCUGAGGAGGAGCUGCAGCUGUGUCAGCGGAUACAAGCUGCACGACAACUCCAGGAAGUGUGUCCCAAAAGGUUCCUCGUCCUGUGGGCAGCUGCUGAUCGGCAGGUCGUCGUAUUCCAAACCGAUGGACGGUCUGCUGCCGUGGAUGGUGGGAGGGGAGGUGGGGAAGAAGGGGGAGAGUCCCUGGCAGGUGCUGUUGCUGAACCCCAAAGGGCGGUUUCACUGCGGAGGCGUCCUCAUCGAUGAGAGCUGGGUCCUGACUGCCGCUCACUGCCUCGACAACGUCAUGAGGUUCAGAGUGCGACUCGGUGACUACGAGCGUCUCAGAGAAGAAGGCACUGAGGUGACCCUGAAGGUCAUCAAGGCCAUCAAGCACCCAGACUACAACAGCAGAACGAUAGACAACGACAUCGCCCUCCUGCGCCUGGAGACGCCAGCCCCGUUCUCAGAGUACAUCGUGCCCGCUUGUCUGCCUGGACGAAAGAUGGCUGAGCGGGUGCUCCACCUCAACGGUACCCUCACCGUGGUGACGGGCUGGGGCAAAGAUGACCUGGAUAGCACCCAGUUCAGCUCGGCACUCAACGUCAUCAAGGUCCCGCUGGUCGACCACAGCAUCUGCACCCAGCAGAUGUCCCACAACAUCUCCGACAACGUCCUCUGCGCCGGGAUCCUCGGCCAGAGAUUGGACGCCUGCGAGGGGGACAGCGGCGGACCGAUGGUCACUCUGUACCGAGACACCUGGUUCCUGAUUGGUCUGGUGUCCUGGGGCGAGGGCUGCGGCAGGGAGGACAAGCUGGGCAUCUACACCAAGGUGUCCAACUACAACGACUGGAUCGAUUCAGUGCGUGAAGAGUGGAACAGAAGUCAACUCCCACAACAACAACCCCCAAGCAUCUGAUCCACCUCAACAACUGGUCCAGUCUGCUUGGUAAAACCCACAUAAAGGCCUCAGUACAGCAGAGCUGUAACACACAUUCUUUAAUAAACUCAUUCUGUCUCAA